AAGGUCGCAGUCACCAAAACGUCGCGGAAGUUAUUCUGAUGCAGAGACUAACGACAGAGUACAAGGAGCUGAUGAGUAUGGCCCUGAUAUGUAUCGGGAUGAAGAUGAUAGAGACAGAUUAGAAAAUUUAAAUGAGUUGGAGCGUGAGAAGAUCUUGUCAGAAAGAGCCGAAAAGAGGCAGCAUAACAAAGACUUGGAAGCUGUUCAUCUUUUGUUCAAUCCAGAUGAUGUCGGCUCAACGAGAAGAUCUAUGAGGGCCAAGGGUCCUAAAAAGAAGGGAAGAGAUCUUGAGGAGCUUAAACGUAGGCGAGCUCAAAAGGGUCAGCGAACGCAGACAGGUUCUCAGAGCCCGGAGCCAGGUGAACAUGUCUCAUCUGGUGAUGAAGAAGAAGCUUACGAUAGCAAUGGAGAAAGGAGCAAACAUGAUACCGAUGAGAUUAAACUUGAAGACAUUAAAAGCAUACAGUUGACUCGUCGUCAGCUUAGCGAUUGGAUGUUUGCUCCUCAUUUUGAAAAGACUGUUAUUGGUUGUUUUGUUCGUUUGCAUAUUGGAGUUAUUGAGGGAAAACAAAUAUAUCGAUUGUGUGAGAUCGAGGCUGUUGAGGAAAUUGGCUCAACUUACUACGUAGAGAAGGCAAUCACAAAUAGAGUGUUGCGUCUUAGACAUGGGGAUGCAAUAAAAGUUUGGCAUAUGCAUGUCAUAUCAAAUAAUGAAUUUGAUGCAUCCGAAUUUGAACGGUGGGUAAAGACUAUGAAAACCCAAAACCUGGAUUUACCGACAAAAGAAAAAAUCGAACGAAAGAAGGAAGACCUUAAAUUUGCUAAAACUUAUGUUCUCUCUGAGCAAGAUGUAGAGGCCAUGGUCAGAAAUAAGCAGGCACUGCGCGGCGGUGAACCUAUCGAUUUACUGACACAAAAAACCACAUUGGUUACGCAAAAAAGUCUGGCCAAGGCACAAGGAAAUUUCAAGGAGGCUCAAGACUGUGAUAUGCGACUUAACGAGAUAGAUAAGAUGAUUGCCGGUACAUCUCGUGAUACUAAACAAGAUAUAUGGGCUCGCGUUAAUGAAAGAAAUCGGUUGAAGGAUCUGGAAGAUUCUCGGUUGGCAGAAGAAUUAGCCAGACAAAAAAAGAAAGCUGAAAUUAUUCCUAGAAAAUCCAUCAAAACCUCGGCACUGGAUUCACCAAGUAGUAAAGAAAUAAUGGGAGAAAGAUCCAGCAGAUACACAAAAGCUACCAGUGCACCUUUUACUAAAUACGAAGCUUUAAUCUAUCAAGCAGAAGUUGAGCUUAAACUUCCACUAGAUCCUAUUAUGGAUUAUGAUGCAUUACUUGACUCAGAAUACGAAGCAAAAUAUGCACUAUUUAGUGUUGAAAAAUCACUAUCAUUAAUACGAGGUUUACCGCAGCAGUCUCCUAUGCAGCAACAACCCGAUGCUGCACAACCACAACAAUUGACCCCUCCGUCGCAUGAAGAAACUAAUAAUAAUCGAUAUCAUCGUGCUCAGGCACAACCAUGGAGUACCGAAGUGUCUAAGGGUCCUAAAUCAUAUUUGUUUCAUAAAGAUCUUCAUUAUGGUGUUUAA